UUGAAUGUAGGAGAGUUUGGGAGCGGCAGACUGGGAAUGUCAGCUAAACAGAGGAAUAUGGAGAUAAACAGAGGUUUUGCUUACUCUGGCCUUGCUUGGUGAAUAAUGUAUCGACUUCUCUUGGUUCAGAUGCUACAGUGUUGUUUCCUGGUGGCCCAUUCCUGCCCUACUCUGUGUACUUGUGUCUACCAAGGAGGGAGCAAUGGGACAGGUCUCAGGUCUGUUUUGUGCAGCGAACCCCACAUGUCAGCCAUCCCCCUCAAUGCUCCAGCUGACACAGUCAAGUUGCGUCUGGAGAAGACCUCUAUCUCCAGAGUGCCCCGGGCAGCCUUCUUCUACAUGUCUGAGCUCCAGUUCCUGUGGCUGACCUACAACUCCAUCACCACCAUCCACCCCAGCAGCUUCCUUAAUUUGAAGGCGCUACGUGAGCUGCGAUUGGACGGGAACCUUCUCUCUGCUUUCCCCUGGGAGGGGCUUAGGGACAUGCCGCGGCUACGCACCCUGGGACUGCACAAUAACCGCCUCUCCAGCCUCCCUGCCCACGCUGCCCUCUUUCUUCCCAACGUCACCUAUCUGGACCUGUCGAGCAACAGACUGACCACUCUGCCCUCAGAGCUGUUGGACCUUUGGUUCCCUCCCCCUGCCCAGCUGGCAGGCCCCACAAAGAGAAGAGUGCUGGGUCUCCAUGACAACGUGUGGCAGUGCAACUGCCAGAUCUCCAUGCUGCUGGCCCAGUCCAAGUACCAGGGGAGCCCUGUGGUUCUGAUGGACCAGCUCCUGACCUGUAGCCGUAGCAGGGGGUCUGCCGACCAGCUGGGGGCCCCCCUCAUAGAGGCUGACUUGUCGCGGUGCCAGAGGCCAUCUGUCCAGCCCUCAGCCACCCGAGUCACCUCCCCGCUGGGCAGCAACGUGAUGCUCCGCUGUGAUGCCACAGGCUACCCCACGCCGGUACUCACCUGGACCAAAGCAGCCGGAGCCUCCAUAUACAACACAGAGUGCUGUCAACAACCAUACAGCAAAGCUGACCCUGAAAAACGACCCAUUAACUUGGACAGCUUUAUUCAGGAAUCUCCGCGUGUGGGAAUCCGAUGGUCCAUCAUCAACCUAAAUGGACUUUCGUACAAGGAUGCAGGAGAAUAUCGGUGCCAGGCACGGAACAUGGCGGGAACAGCAGAGGCCCCCAUUAGACUUAGGGUGGUGGGGGUGAUUGCUGUGCCCCCUUCCAUAAAGAACAAGACCCGCAAAGCUCCUUCUAGAUCCUCAUCCAACAACAGAAAACCUCUCCCGCAAAAGCUGAAACGGGAACAGAAUAUUACUUCAAUCUCCACCCCAAAGAAGAAGACUCUUCUGAACCUCAAGUAUGUUACACCCCGCACUCCAACGAACAAGACCCAGAGUGUCAAAAUGGCCCUGGUCCCCACCCCCCUGAAAGAAAUGUAAUCGUCCUCACCACAGAAGUACAUACCCAAACGCAAAAAUACCUCAGCCUCAAAGUCAAAGAGAAAACCUCAGAUAUCUGUCAAUACUAUACCCACCUUGCCAGAAAAAAGUCUACCACUCCAUCAUCUUCACCAGAAAACAACCAGGACCAAAUUUACAUUUACAUUUACUUUUAAGUCAUUUAGAAGACGCUCUUAUCCAGAGCGACUUACAAAUUG